UCAUGCUGCUGCCAGGUCCAGAGUCUCUCAUGGGUCCCUGUACGGCCUCCCAUUGCUGCUGUCUCCAUCGCCACACUCUGCCAUGUGCCACUUUCAGGUCUCCUCACACUGCUGGUGGGUUCCAUUUUGUCAUAGGGUGCUGGCAGAUUACAGGCCUCCCAUAGGUGCUGCCAGGCCCCAAAUCGGCCAUGGGCCCCCGUACCGCCCUCCUCACGCUGCUGCUGAGCCCACAGUGUGACCUGGGUCCCUGUACGGCCUCCCAUUGCUUCCACUCUGCCAUGUGCCACUUUGAAAUCUCCUCACACUCUGCGGUUGUCCAUUUUGUCAUAGGUUGCUGG